AUGGCAGACUGGGAGUAUUUCGGAUGUCUGCGCGAGUGCAGAGGCAGGGUUCUGCAGCGUGCAGUGUGCACUGCAGGAGCCGGGGCGUCACUGAGUGAAAACUUCAACGCUCCACAUGCGUCACUGAGUGAAAACUUCAACGCUCCAAAUGCGUCAUUGAGUGACAACUUCAACGCUCCACAUGCGUCACUGAGUGACAACUUCAACGCUCCAAAUGCGUCACUGAGUGACAACUUCAACGCUCCAAAUGCGUCACUGAGUGACAACUUCAACGCUCCAAAUGCGUCACUGAGUGACAACUUCAACGCUCCAAAUGCGUCACUGAGUGACAACUUCAACGCUCCAAAUGCGUCACUGAGUGACAACUUCAACGCUCCAAAUGCGUCACUGAGUGACAACUUCAACGCUCCAAAUGCGUCACUGAGUGACAACUUCAACGCUCCAAAUGCGUCACUGAGUGACAACUUCAACGCUCCAAAUGCGUCACUGAGUGACAACUUCAACGCUCCAAAUGCGUCACUGAGUGACAACUUCAACGCUCCAAAUGCGUCACUGAGUGACAACUUCAACGCUCCAAAUGCGUCACUGAGUGACAACUUCAACGCUCCAAAUGCGUCACUGAGUGACAACUUCAACGCUCCAAAUGCGUCACUGAGUGACAACUUCAACGCUCCAAAUGCGUCACUGAGUGACAACUUCAACGCUCCAAAUGCGUCACUGAGUGACAACUUCAACGCUCCAAAUGCGUCACUGAGUGACAACUUCAACGCUCCAAAUGCGUCACUGAGUGACAACUUCAACGCUCCAAAUGCGUCACUGAGUGACAACUUCAACGCUCCACAUGCGUCACUGAGUGACGACUUCAACGCUCCACAUGCGUCACUGAGUGACAACUUUAACGCUCCACACUAG